UAUAAAUUGUGGAAGCAGUCGAAAUAAUAAUACAAAUACAAAUCAAAAUUCAAAAACAACGGUUAUUAUAAACCCCAGAUACCAAAGAACUGUAUAGGACGGGAACAGAAGGAUGGGCGUAAAGAACCUUUGGGACAUCUUAGAAUCUUGCAAGAAAACUCUUCCUCUUCAUCAUCUCCAGAACAAGAGGGUAUGUAUAGAUCUUUCUUGCUGGAUAGUUCAACUUCAAAAUGUCAACAAAUCCCACUGUGCCAUCAAAGACAAGCUUUAUCUCAGGGGUCUCUUCCACCGCCUUAGAGCUCUCAUUGCUUUGAAUUGUAGCCUCAUCUUUGUCACCGAUGGAGCCAUUCCUGCUAUCAAAUCAUCUACUUAUAGAAGGCGACUAAAUCCUGGAAAUGUGCUCACUCAAGAUGAGGCGAUUAAACCGUCAUCAAUACGAAGAAACGCAGGAUCUGAAUUUUCACGCAUGAUAAAGGAGGCCAAAGUUCUUGGAAAUGCACUUGGAAUUCCGUGCUUAGAUGGGAUUGAGGAGGCUGAAGCUCAAUGCGCACUAUUAAACUAUGAAUCGUUCUGUGAUGGAUGUUUCACAUCAGAUUCUGAUGCCUUCCUAUUUGGGGCAAGGACAGUGUAUAGAGAUAUUUCCCUUGGGGAAGGUGGGUAUCUUGUUUGCUAUGAAAUGGAUGAUAUUGAAAGAAAGCUUGGACUUGGAAGGAACUCCUUGAUAACGCUGGCUGUUAUUCUUGGUGGUGAUUACUCUGAAGGAGUUUAUGGGCUUGGUCGGGAGUCAGCUUGUCAGCUUGUUAAAUCAAUUGGUGAUAGUGCUGUUCUUCAAUGGAUUGCAUCAGAAUUUUCCUUCGUAAAGAAGCAAAAAGGUUCUAAGAAAAAGAUUGAAGAUGACAAAUGCAAUGGUAGAGAAAAUGCUGCAGAAUAUAAAAAUCCUAAUGGAAGCAAAUGCCCUUCACAAAUGAAAAGUCAGACGUUGCAAGUAUUAAAUGCAUAUCUAAAACCAAAGUGCCAUUCAGCGGAGUCUGAUGCUGUACAACGGAUUCUUGCAUUGUAUCCAUUUAGCCGCAGCCAGCUUCAGCAAAUAUGCACUGAAUUUCUUGAUUGGCCUCCUGAGAAGACAGACGAGUAUAUCCUUCCUAAGAUUGCUGAAAGGGAACUGCGGAGAUUCGCCAACUUGCGGUCCACUGCAUCACAAGUGGGAGUCCAGCUUCCAUUAGAUGAGAUGCCAAUAAAGUGUCCUUUAUCUCGAAUUAUAAAGCCGAGGAAAGUUCAAGGAGUAGAUUGCUUUGAGGUAUCUUGGGAAGAAAUGGAUGGACUUGAAACCUCUAUAGUACCAGCUGAUCUCGUUCAGAGGGCUUGUCCGGAAAGGAUUUUGGAGUUCCAGGAAAGACGAGCUCAAGGAAAGAAAAGAAAUAAUACUAGAUCAAGAAGACAGAGACUAGAGAAAACGCCACCAUUGGGUCAGAUUGAUCAAAAACUCCAAGACCUCUUGCUUGAGGUUGAUCGAGAAAGCUCUGCCGCUGACGAUGCCACUGUUUUAUGUGGAUCAGUAUCGGAGGAUGAUGAAAACUUUGCUCAAAUUCAUGUAGACUCUAGCAUACAGACGCAUAGUACGUGGAAUAGCAACAGUGUCAAGAAGGGUUUUGCUUCUGGGAGCGCCAUUUGCCAAGAGGACGACAUUUUACCAGCUUUGUCUAAAGCUGAAGUAAUUGAUCUCACAAGUCCUCCACCGGUGCGGCAUGCUUCUUGGAAAUCCAAACACCAAGAGGACAACGUUCAAUGCAUUGAUGUAGUUGAGCUUAGUGAUUCAGAAAAUGAUAUGUUUUCCCCUGAACAUAUAAGAAGAGCCAGAGAACUGAGAAUGUUCCUUGCGGGAAUUAAGGACAACCUAUACUGAAAGUGAACGUGGAUAUUUCUUCGGCGUAAUGGGUGUGUAUAUGUAUAUUUUAUUCUAAUGUUUAUCAUAAGUUUGCCCAUCUCUGGCAAAUGCUCGUAUGCUAUCAACUUGUCGCAAUAUCGUUUCUUGGUUUGCUCUCCUAGACGAGCAACCUGUUGUAGCCUUAGAAUACCAGCCAGCAUGUUGAAUGUACACACACACUCUCUCUCUCUCUUGUAAAUUUUUUAACCGAAAAGAAAACGAAACCCCUUUCUUCCUUCAA